CACUUACAGUUUUUUUAUCUAUGGUUCCAUUGCGCGAUAGUUUGACAUUAUCUUGUCACUUUGUCAGAUGACAGAUAGAAGUCAAAAAUUUUAGGCUAAAUACUGUUUCGGUUUCAUUUUCCAAAAUAAGUUUUAAAAAAUGCAUAGAAAAUGUACUAAUUGAGCAAAUAUACGAAAGAAAUAAAUAUGUUUCAGUAAAAGGGCUACAGACAAUUACUUGAAUGUGAUUAAAAAUAGUUUUAUACAUGGAAUUACAAAGUAAUUCGGUUUGCGCUCUACACUAUUAUCAAAUCAAAUGAAUCGUGAUAUUAUGAUUGAUUGUGUCGAUAUUUUUUUAUUACUCUCGUUUACUAUGUACCCGGUUUGUUAUCUGUGCAACAAGCAGUACCGGCUUUAUUAAAUCUAUUGCGUGUGCAAGGCAAAAUAAUGUUCACCGGCACGAAAAGUAAUGAAUUACUCACAUAUAUAAAUUCAAUACUUAAACUCACUACAAGAGUAAAUCACAACAUUAGGACAAGACAGCUUUGACUCCGUAAUCACAACACAAAGCAUCAAGAAUGAAAAUGAAAACGAAAAAAUUAUGUACCCGACAUUGGUUGGCAGCGUUUUUUGGAAUCGGACUAGUACUGUAUUUCUGGUGGCUUAUAUCAAAAAUCAGUUUGCUGGAAUCUCAGAACAAAGUAUUUAAGACACAAUUGAAGUACUCACAAUAUAAUACCUUGGUGAAAAAGAUGUCUGUCGAUUCUGUGUCUACUUAUGAAGUUCCUGUGAUUCCAGAUGCAGUGGGUACUCUAUGUGAAACAGUGCAUAUAGCGCUCGUGUGUAUGGGCAAAUGUUCGCGACAGAUCACGCCAAUGAUCAAGUCUUUGAUGCACCAUCGACAGAACCCCAUACACUUCCAUUUCGUUGUCGAUACGAAUUCACAUAGAACUAUUAACACGCUGUUUGAUACUUGGGACUUGCCUGAUGUCAAAUACUCAUGCUACAACGCCGAAGGAUACUUGUCACAAGUGCAAUGGAUCCGCAACAGCCACUACUCCGGUAUAUACGCGCUGGUGAAGCUGCUGUUUCCAGACAUACUACCUGACUCCCUCAGUCAGGCAAUAGUACUGGACUCUGAUCUGACGUUCCUGUGUGAUGUGGCUGAGCUGUGGGCCAUGUUUAGGAAUAUGACUGAUGAUCAGUUCAUAGGCUUAGUGGAGAAUGAAAGCAGUUGGUAUUACACGAACAAACCCAACCGAUGGCCAGCAUUAGGCCGAGGUUACAACACAGGAGUGAUGCUACUAGAUCUCAAGAAAAUAAGGACAACUACAGACUGGACGAGGCUAUGGCGCGAUGCCGUCAACGACAACAUAAAAAGACUGAACCACACAACAUUGGCUGACCAGGAUGUCAUCAAUGCCAUUAUUAAAAACCAACCGCGCUUUGUCUAUGAUAUGAGCUGUCAAUACAACGUACAAAUGUCCACUACGACGCUAGCUAAGAAUUGUUAUGGGGAAAAUAAGGAUAAUGUUAAGAUAAUACACUGGAACUCCCCUUUAAAAUACGGCGUGAAGAUCCGCGACGCUCACUACUUCCGCGACAUACAUCAGUCGUACGUGAACUUCGACGGGUACCUGCUCAGGGAGAAGCUACACAGGUGCACCUUCAUACAGCACGUUACUGUUAAAAUGAACAACUCGGACCUAUGCAGCAGUUUCCGCGCGGCCCAGCAAUUGAAGCUGCGCACGCAUCUCUACUUCAUGGACUAUAGCUAUAAGAACAGUGACGGCUUCGAUGUCACUCUAGCUCUACAGCUGUCUAUGGACCGCCUACUGUUCCUUGAGAGACUCGUCAAUUACUGGGAAGGUCCACUAAGCGUAGCUAUAUACUUAGCCGACUGUGAUGUUGGGAAGUUGUUGAAUUUCAUAGAGAAUUGGUCCGAUACUCUGCGCGACAGGAAGAACAUCGGAUACCAUCUCGUGUUUAAAACUGAUCAAGUACACUACCCAGUGAACUACCUCCGUAACGUGGCGCUGGAGAACGUGAACACUCCGUACGUGUUCCUGAUGGACGUGGACUUCGUGCCCAUGGUGGACCUCUACUCCCAUCUCAAGGCCGCCAUCAAACUCAUCAACCCUUAUCCGCAGAAGAAGUGCCUGGUGGUGGCGGCGUUCGAGUCUGCGCGCUACCGCAGCUCGGUCCCGCGCAGCAAGGCGGCGCUGCUGGCGCGGCUGGCGGCGCGCGACCUGGCGCCCUUCCGCCACCACGAGUGGCCCCGCGGGCACCGCGCCACCAACUACACAAGGUGGACCACCGCCAACGCGCCCUACGAGGUGGAAUGGCAGUCGGACUACGAGCCGUAUCUAGUAGUGCACAGAUCUGUGCCUAAAUACGAUACCAGGUUCUCAGGCUUCGGCUGGAAUAAGGUGUCCCACAGCGUAGAGCUGCGCGCGCAGGGCUACCGCGCCGUGGUACUGCCGGGGGCCUUCGUGGUGCACACGCCGCACGCGCCCUCGCAGGACAUCACCGCCUUCCGCGCAGACCCGCACUACCGCAUCUGCCUUGCCUUAUUGAAACAAGAAUUCAUGGAGGACCUCAAGAGUAAAUACAACAUCACAUUCAAAGAACCAUCGAAUUCAGACCCAAUGUAUCUAGCACAGGCUAAGAGUUUAAUACUGAACCAAGCAGGUGAUCAGGACCUGAACUGAUGAGAGCUACCGUCUCCGCUUGUCAGAGGGCGCCAAUGUAGCAUCACGUCAUAUUUGUCCAAUCACUGCAGCUCUCAAAAAAUUAUUGUCCAAUGACCGCACAUUAGCAUGUAGUUGAUUGGACAAAAGCAGCGAUUGGACAAACUCUCUCGCGAUAGCCCUGAUUGUUAUGUUUGUAACUAUGGUUGUAUUUAUUCAUUGUCUAAUUGAACCUGUAGCAUGUCUUAUGAAUGACUCUUAAGAAAAUAGUAUCUUUUAACUCCAAGAGUUGGCCAUUCAAUAUUUUAAUAGAGACGCUUUAAUUUUUGCGCAUCCUAGAUGGCGCUGUUGUAGCUUAUAGUCUUCUUCAUUCAAGUAUGGCUCUCAAAAUGUUGACGUUAACAGAUCAGAGGGCUUAGUACGAGUUUGUUUUACGUUUAACCAGAUCGAAACGAGAUGUCGCUCGGCGGUCUGAUUGGCCGGCUCCAUUGAACCAACCAAUUAGAGGGUUAAAUGCAGUAACGUUUUUUCGUUAAACGUAAAACAAAGUCGUACUAGACCUUCUGAUAUAGAAACGAAUAUACGUUCUUCAUAAGACAUGCAACCGGAUUAAUUAGAUAAAAUGUAGGUAAAUGCCCCAAUUUAGUACUGGUAAGGAUAAUUUAUGUCCCAGAUACGUAGUUUUUUACUUACCGGUGUGAUCGAAAAAUAUGGUGAAUAUUUUAUCGAGGUAGAAUUACGGUGAGUGAUAUUUUUGUGUGUAUAAAGAUCUGGGCGCUUACUCUUGAAACCAAUGUCAAUGUUAAUACAAUUUAAUAAUAUGUCAAUAAUUAUAUUCAAUGUCAGCACUAUACAACCACAAUAGUAGCUGUUAAAUUAGCAUUCUAUACAUACGGAAUAUAAAUCGAAUUCAUCUGUUAAAAUAGCAUUCCGAAUAUAAAGCCAAACUCAAUACCGUUUAGUUCAUUAAAUAUGCUACGCAAUAGGCGCUAGUGUUGCAACUCAAGAUAACAAGAUUUCACAAUAUAAAUGUCAAUCGAUCGGAAUUGGAUUCAAGAGUAAGCCCCCUGAUCUAUGUAUCUCUAUACCUGUAACAAUAUUCACUGUAUUUUAAUUUAUACCUUUGAAGUUAAAUCUGUACCCUUAGUAUGAGUUUGCUUUACGUUUAAAGUAAUCGAAACGAAAGCGCAUUCGGCACUCUGAUUGGUUGGUUUAUUCGAGCCGGCCAAUUAGAGCGCCGAACGCGCUCUCGUUUUGAUUACUUCAAACGUAAAGCAAACUCGUACUAAGGGUACGGGUUGAUUAACGUAAGAAUUUUUUACUCACGUAAAAAUUGCAAUAAUAUUUGUCUAUAAUAUCUUAAGUAGUCAUCGAGAUUAAAUAAGUAAAAUAAUGUAUACAGUGUAUUAUAGCUAGAUAUAUAUUAUGUACAUGUACAAUGCAUCAAUUUUUGUAUUUCAGUUUUUGCACCGUGCAUAGUCUAAACUAUAGUUGGGUCAUUACAAGCGUGCGAAUUCAGUCAAAAAUAAUCGGAACUCUCGCUCAUUCUUAUGGGCGCAUCGGAACUCUCGCUCGCACUGCUAGUGUUAUGUGUAAAAACUUAGUUAAAAAAAAAAA